AGUGGGAUUUAUUACAUAAGAAUAUGCAAUAGGCAUUAGUAAUUAGAACUUGGAAGUGACAAUAAUUUGAUAUAAUUUAUAGAAGCUGAGUGCAGUGCAAAUUAGUUACAUAAUAACUAUACCACUAUUUGUUUAUUUUUUUUAUUUUAUUUAAUAAUGGUGUAGUAUUUUGGUCUAUUAUCCACAGUCCACAUGUUAUGAAUCAAUUUAAAAGAUUUGUAGUGUCCAGGUCAAAUAUAAUUACGGAAAUUAUGAACAAAAGGUGUACUAGUGUCCACUCAGCUGGAAUUGAACAAAUUCAUGAAAUGCCUCUAAAUGAAAUCAUAAGACCAAUUCCACCACAAGUGGAUGAAGAAAAGGUUAAGAGUUUAAUGGAUACUUUGUCUGAUCCAGAUUGCGCAGAUUCAGUACCACCGAUAGAUGUGUUAUGGAUAAUAGGAAGAGAGGGUGGUAAUUAUUUU